AUGACGAAACAAAAGUUUUACGCGGUACAUAACGGCCGAGGAGGGACUCAAAUAUACACGACAUGGGAGGAGGUCUCCCGUUUUUCGGGUGCCAUCCACAAGAGCUUCCGCAGUCUUCCGGAAGCGCGCGCAUGGCUGUUGGGCUUCUUUCACGAUGCCAUGGACGUCGACACAACGUUGGUGAACACUCAGCCACCACCCGCCAAGUCCCAGCAAGAUGCCGUUAUGCCUGAUGCAACACCGGCACCCGCGGUUCCGGCACCCGCCCCGCCGCCUGCACAGGAGAUACAGCUAUCCCCUGACCAGCAGAGAGUGCUUGAUAUGGUGAAGCGAGGAGAAAGUGUGUUCUUCACUGGUUCCGCAGGUAUGUACCUGAGCCACUCGCAUCGACACGUCAUUCACCGUGGAUAUAGGAACGGGAAAGUCAGUUCUCCUGCGCGAAAUCAUCAAGCUGCGUGGUGGUCGCCCAAGCAUCAAGCUUGCUGUGACUGCCUCGACUGGUAUUGCUUCAGUCAAUAUCGGAGGAUGUACCCUCCACUCGUGGGCUGGUAUCGGUCUAGGGAAGGAAGACAAGGAUGCUCUUGUCGGCAAGAUCCUUGGUAUAUCUAUGAAGGCAUACAAAAUGGACAAGAAGAGACGGGACGAGUUGCAAAGGAAGCACAAACAGGGUCACCAGUUGACUGA